AAAUUGAAUUUACAACUGAUGCAAACGACGAAUCUUAAAGAAAUUGUAAUCGUAUUAUUUUUAUAUACAACAGUUAAAAAUGACCCUGGUGUUAAACUUCCUUAAAUAUUAUAUACCUACCUAAGUACAAAAUGUUUGGAAAUAACGAAUACAGCCCUUUGGAAAUCAGACACGUGAAGAAUCACUUGCUGAAAUUGACACAUAAAGUUUUUUUUGAGGUAUAUUAUAUGAAAUCAUUUAUCUGUCACUACGUCUCCAAACUCAGGCCAUUUAAGUCAAGUGUUCAUGUUUACAAUAAACUGGAAACUGGCAUUAAUUUCUGUUAUAUUUCUUAAACGUACACAUUCCCGAACGAAUGAAUUUAUUGCAUAAAUCUAGUAAAAAUUUCUAGUGAUGUUCUAUGUGUGCGAUGAUAUGUGGCAAGGUAGUUUUACAUAUCGUUCAUGAGAGACAGAGAAGGCAAAAAGCACCACAAAGCAAGGGAGCGAUUAGAGGUGAGCUGGAUAUAAAAGCAGUAUCUACUCAAAAUAAUUUACUUGUUGAUUGUUGCAAUAGUAUAAAAGUGUGCAUGAUAGUUAUCGGAAUAAGAAUUCAGUAUCUUCCCCUAUGUCGCUGUGUGCUUAUGAUUCAUUGAUAAUUUCAGUGUGGGUGCGACGAUGACGUUUUAUGACCUCCACUGUGUAUUAUCGUUUAAUCGCCCCGCCCCGGCCUUCCACACCGGUAAUGCUUUCGUCACUUUCUAUCCAGUCAUUCGUAAUCGUUUUGGCAUUUGGAUUUGCGGUUUGUUAUGACCAGUCAUCAGUAUUUUGAUGGUGCUCCCGUUGCCAUAGUGCUUUGAUUCAUACGUACUGUCUUUGAAUUUUGCUAAGAAUUUUUGUGCUUAUCGUCUUUGUGUCGCAUUCAGUCUGGGAUCAAAAAUAGAGUUUUAAAUAGAUUUUCAAUGGGCAAGAGUUAAUAGAACAUCUAUAAAUGGGUGUUUCGAUCAAACUCAGCACCCCCGGAAAAGGUGACAGUUGUUUAAGUUGUAGUCAAUCAUUUAAUCCAAAACAAGCUUAGUUUUAAGAUACUUUACCUACACCGGAAUGUUUAACAAAACAUCAUAGGCGUUUAGUUGCAAUUUACUAUCGAUAAUAAAAGACUUUAUCAAUCUGUUAAGUGAAACAUUAUUAAAAUAUUCAAAAAAAAAAAAAAACAAGAAAUACCAGUGAGGUGCUCUUAAGAUACUGUAUUGAGAAAAUUAACAUCGUAAAAGUUGUAAGUGUGUGAAUCGAGUCGAAAUGACCACUAGGAAAAAGAAACGCCAGCAGGAAGGAGGAGGUUUUCUGAAAAAGGUUUCAUCGCUGUUUAAUCUAGACACGGUCAACUCAUCUGGUGAUGGAAAACAGCUGAAUGGCGAUGCAGUAUGGGAGUACGAUGAAAUUUCACUGGUCCGUGGUAACACUGGGCUAGGAUUUUCGAUCGCAGGCGGAACAGACAACCCGCACAUCAAUUUAGAUGCAUCGAUCUACAUCACAAAAGUGAUCCCUGGUGGAGCUGCCUACGCUGAUGGCCGUCUAAAGGUCAACGAUUGCAUCGUUUCCGUUAACAACAUGUCGGUGGUGAAUGUUUCGCAUGGCGAAGCAGUUGAAGCACUCAAAAAAGCCGGAGAAAGAGUUACGCUGCACAUACGAAGGAAACGACCACCGUCGCAAGAACCUAAGCAGGAAGAGAUUGAACUUAUCAAAGGCACUAAGGGGCUGGGAUUUUCUAUUGCUGGAGGCAUCGGUAAUCAACACAUCCCAGGUGAUAAUGGAAUAUAUGUGACCAAAAUCAUGGAGGGCGGUGCGGCUCAUGUCGAUGGCCGGCUUGCUGUCGGCGACAAGUUGAUGGCAGUUCGAACAAGCGACGGAGAACGAAAUCUCGAAAAUGUGAUACAUGAAGAAGCAGUGGCCACUCUUAAGGCCAUUAACAAUCGAGCAACGUUGGUAGUCCAGAAAACUAAUAUCCUCCAAGCGUUAGCUAACUCGAUUAACAAUUUAAAUUCUUUGUCAACCAAUGCAAUGAAUCAAGUUGGACAAAGUGUAGUAGAUCACGGUACUUCCGAGGAAUUGCGAUCCCGCUCGCCGAUGCUGGAUAACGCUUCCUCUCGAUAUGCAUCGUCGAAUUUGCUAGAGUCUGGUAUGCCGGUAGGAACUCCGAGAGCCGUUAGUCAUGAGGAUAUCUCUAGAGAACCUAGAACAAUCGUAAUUCAAAAAGGUCCUUCCGGUUUGGGUUUCAAUAUUGUUGGUGGUGAAGAUGGGCAGGGUAUUUAUGUGUCAUACGUGCUUUCCGGAGGAGCAGCAGAUAUUGGUGGCGAGCUGAAGCGGGGUGACCAGCUGAUAAGUGUUAAUGGUGGUAGUCUUGCUGGGGCAUCCCACGAGGAUGCAGCCCAAGCUUUGAAGAACGCUGGAGGAACCGUAACUUUGGUUGCUCAAUAUUGCCCAGAAGAUUACAAUCGUUUUGAGCAACGGAUACAGGAACUGAAGCAGCAAGUGGUGACCGGAACCGGCACUUUGUUGCGCACAUCACAAAAAAGAACACUUUAUGUUAGGACACUUUUCGAUUACGAUCCAAAUCGAGACGAUGGGUUGCCUGGUCGUGGAUUAUCCUUCCGCCACGGAGAUAUUCUGCAUGUAACUAACGCCUCUGAUGACGAAUGGUGGCAGGCCCGUCGUGUUAUAGGUGAUGACGAAGAAGAAAGUAUUGGAAUUGUUCCCUCAAAACGACGCUGGGAAAGAAAGCAACGCGCCCGAGAUCGUAGCGUAAAGUUCCAGGGUCACUCUGGUGGAAAUAUUGAUAAAAUGUCUACACUCGAUCGUAAGAAAAAGAAUUUUUCAUUCUCUCGACGCUUUCCUUUUAUGAAAAGUAAAGACGAUAAAAAUGAAGACGGCUCAGAUCAAGAACCGAAUGGAAAUGUGUGUGGACAAAAUAAUCAUGAUUCUGAACAACCCUUCAUGCUUUGUUAUACACAAGACGACGCUAAUGCUGAAGGCGAGAUAAUCUACCGCGUGGAACUUCCCGACAUGGAGCAGAUAACUCUCAUUUACCUGGAGAAUAAUGAUGCUGAUUCCGAGGAGAACAUAUUGUCAUACGAAUCUGUUCAGCGUCUACAAAUUUCUUACACCCGGCCAGUGAUAAUAUUGGGUCCCUUGAAAGAUCGUAUCAACGAUGAUCUUAUUUCGGAAUACCCAAAUAAAUUUGGCUCGUGCGUUCCGCACACAACCCGACCAAAGCGAGACUACGAAGUAGACGGCCGCGAUUAUCACUUCGUGGCAUCUCGGGAGCAAAUGGAGAAAGAUAUCCAAAAUCAUCUGUUCAUCGAGGCCGGUCAAUACAAUGACAAUCUGUACGGCACAUCAGUUGCAUCUGUACGUGAAGUUGCGGAAAAAGGCAAGCACUGUAUCUUGGAUGUAUCUGGUAAUGCUAUCAAGCGACUUCAGGUGGCCCAGCUUUUCCCUGUUGCUAUAUUCAUCAAACCAAAGUCGGUUGAGUCGAUAAUGGAGAUGAACAGACGAAUGACUGAAGAACAGGCGAAGAAAACUUACGAUAGGGCACUCAAAAUGGAGCACGAAUUUGGUGAAUACUUUACAGCUAUUGUUCAAGGUGAUACGAUAGAAGAGAUCUACAGUAAAGUCAAAAAUGUGAUCUGGUCACAAAGUGGCCCAACGAUUUGGGUGCCGGCGAAGGAAUCUCUAUGACCUCAGGCAAACAUAACGUGGACGCUGCCACCAAACAUGCGUGCUCGACCAGUUUCGCGAACUGGCCAUCAGCAACAUUGACGGUAACCGCGAUUAGCCGUAAACUGUAACACCACUACAACCAUAAUGUGAAAAUGCAACACAUAAUCUACAAAAUCACAUACACAAAAAAUCAUGAUCAUAACACAGACACACAUUUGCGUAAUAUCACCAACAUUUUUCAUAGUGUGAAAUUUGAGCGCAUACGGCGUAAUUAGCUUAAAACUAAACCGAUUUGGAUAGCAAUUCUGCGAGAGCAGAACCAAGAAAAUAAGUGAAAAACAUGUUGUUGUUUAUUAUUAUUUUAAAUUAUAUAUAAAUUAUAUAUUGAUGCGAGAACGAAAGAGAAGCGAGUACGAUUUUUUAAGAAAAAAAAAAUGCAUUGAAAAUGGGACAUUUAAUUAAAUUAUUUUGUUCGCGAAUAAUACAUCUAUUAAUUAUUGAUGAAUGUUUAUUAAAUCAAUAUAUUUAUAAUAAAAAGGAAGUAUAAAUUAUAUAUACAUAUAUAUAUAUAUAUAUAUAUAUAUAUAUAUAUAUAUCAAUCGACUAAAUACAGCGGAUAAAUAAACUGCAUUGAAAAGUAACCAUUUGAUCGACUACAAGUGUGUUGAGCUGUGGCACAGAAUCGUUAAAUUGUUGACCUUUUAGGAUCAGUUUUCUGAAGCAUCAAAGAAUUGUUCUUGCUUGACUACCGCAGGGGAAAUUAAAAAAAAAAGAUGCAACCAUUCGAAAUUCUGCAAUCACAAUGAAACAUAAAUUCAAGUCAUAAAAUAAAGUAAAUAUUGAAACGGCGAAGGCAUUUAUGAUGAAUAGAAACAGGUUCAGUCACUCAUGUAAAAGUUAGUCUCAUUUUUGGACAAUCAUCAAUACAUGUUUUGCCCGUUAAUCAGUUUAAUAACAAAACACACACAUAAACUCGCGUAAUCAUUGUUAUUAGCGUUGUAAACAUGCAAAAAAAUUCACCGUGCUCACAAAAUUUAAUCGAGCAAAUAGUAAGAGGUGUGUAUUUUAAAAGAAUAAAAACUCGAAAUAUGUAAUUAUGUUUUAAUACUUCAAUUGAUUUUAUUUAUUUUAGUCAAGUUAUAGCAACACACUUUCUCAAUAUGAGCGAAUGCGUUGAAAAUUAUAAUCCCUAUCAACUUACAUUUGCGAUAAGUAUGCUCUCAUUAUCAAAUUUUACUUCACAGAGUUGGCAAAACUGUUGUCAUCUUGUUGAGUAGUAAACCCCAUUGAACUGGAAAAUCGAACUCUCCUCUUUUCGUAUAUUGUCAUGCAGAUUCCAGUGCCAAAAUUUUACAAUACAUAAAAUUACCCAUUCCCUCCUUGAAGGUCAUCAACCUCAAUAGAAACAGAAAAAAAAUCCUAAACAUCUCCAUCUAUAUGUUGCGAUGGAUAGCCAUCAUACACAAAAGUACACAAAUUCAUCUUGGUUCCGCGAAGCAAAAUAAACGUCUUAACAGCAAUAAAUGUCAAAAAAGAAGACAUUACUAGGGCAUCUACAAUGUUAAGCGGGAGUGUCGGGAUAACUAGAAUGAAAGUAAGAGAAAAAUCUUAAUUACUACUUACUAAGUUGCUUCUUCGUCAUCGCAAAACCUUACUGGUGGCGGUAGACUAGUGAGCAUGAUCAUAGUGGAAAGAGUUACUAAAUUGUUUCUUCAUUUUUCUAACGUAUAUUGAAAACUCUAAAAACAAUCCCACUUAAUUUUUCCCUUUUCUCAACUCAAGGGUUCAAAGCUACAUAUUAAAUCACUUAUAAAAGUGAAUAUAGUAAAAACUAAAACUAAAGCGUGAAGUUGAAAUGUAUAAUUGAAUUAGAAAGCUGCCUUACAAAUGAAUAAAUCCCAAGUUUUAUAAAAAAGAACAAAUUAUAAUUUGAAUAGUUCGAAUUGAAUCGAGUCAUCUUAUAAACAAUGGAUAAUGUUUUUGUGUAUAUAUAAUCAAACAAGCAACUACAUAAACAUCUGUCCAGUUAAAAUGAUCAACUGGAUAAACUAAGGUACAGACAAAAAUUAUAAACAGAAAAAAAACUCGUUGGAAAUGUUCUAUUUAGUGGAAAAAAGAUUAUCACGUUAAUACGUUCGAGUCUCAAUCGAGGCGCAAGAAUGGGAGUGUGAAUGAAAAAUAAAAAAGAAACAUGUUCAUCUCUUGUAUUUGCAAUAAAUGCGACAUUACAUGAAA